ACAUAUUUUCUGAUCAAGCGACAAAUCGCCUGCGGUGAUAGUCUAUGGGAGUACGAGUUUACGUGUUAAAUGCAAAAUCGCACAUAUCAUACACGUAGGUCUACGUGUAUUAUUACCUGCUGAAGAGAGGUGACUGAAGGAGCUAGGACUUGCCUGAUCUUGCAAUUCUUGGUCUGAUACCAACAUGGAGGAAGCCCUUAUCCUAGAAGUGUAGGAAAAUCCAAUCCUGUAUGACAAGAGAUUGGAGAUGUUCAAGGAUACAGAAGUAAAAAAAUGAUGUAUGACAUGACAUUGGGCGUCAGCUUGUAAUCUCAGGUGACGUAGCGAGUUGAGGGACAACUUCCUAAAAAACGACAGAAAUGGAGAAGAAGAGUGGUGACGGAGCUCCCUCAAAUGCAGCACGUAAAUACAAGUACAGUGAGGCAAUGGAAUUCCUACUUCCCCACAUACAUAAUCGAGAAACAAGUUCAAUCUUGGAUCCUGUGUUUGAUGUGGACACACCAGGAGAAGCCUGUACCAAACAGGAAGAAACUGAGCAGGAGAAUGGUGACAUCUGUCCACAACGUGGGUCAGGCUUCAUCGUCAUCGUCCUCAGGCACGUCCGCAACAUCAGUCCAGUCUUCAAGUCCCAAAUUCACUUCAAAUCGAGGAGACAAUGCUGCAGUAUUUUCAAAGCAGCGAUAGUCAUGGUGACAACAUAACUGUAGAUCCAUUUUUUUCCAGCUUGUCCCCCAUUGUCCCACACUGUAAAAGUUACCUCAAUGCCAGCUCCAUUGCAAUGCGGUUAAAUUUUGGUCUUCUGAACAUUGAACAUACUACUAUAGGAAUUAAAAGUUCUGUGUCUUCUAAAUCUAAGUCGAUUCCUAUUGAUGUGAUAAACGUCUCACAUGUUACAAUUUAAGAAUCCAAAUAUGUUUCGUAGAUUAAAAAAAAAAGUUAACAGAAAAUGUUCUAACUUGCUAUGCUCCACCGCUAAAAAGAGAGCUGAUAUCUCGUUCCCUCUGACAUCACUCAAUAUUCAUCUGAUUGUUAGCUAACAAAGGGACAGUGGUUUGCAGUUUGCCAGAGCUAACAACCUGUUAAUAGUCUCAACAUAAAAGAUGCAAUGUCAGACAUGCAGCAUCACCAACAAAUGGAAAGCGAUGUAUAUAUGAUUACAUCUGAAUGACUUAUGAUAAAUCCAUAUGAAAUAAAUCAUAAAAUGUGCUAUUCUAAUUUCCGCUUGAAUUUUUCACUUUAACGUCUCUCAUUGUUACAGUUGCAAGUCAGUCUCAAUUUGCAGAAAUUACGAUUGUAAAGGAUUAUGAUCUUCCUCUUUUGUAGAUCUCGGAAAUAUCGGCUGAACAUGUUCACCAUUUAUUAAAAAUAUAUUUAUUUCUUAAAUUAUACUUGAAUUUAAAAUCAGGAUUUGUUCACAGAUAAGAGAACUAGAGAAGAUGAACAUUUUGCACAUCACAGAAAUUUGGUUCAUGCAAAUAUUAACAUGAUUACUAGUAAUGCACUAUCAAAUAUCACCACAUGCAACCAGUUACUGUGAAAAUAAAAAUGAUGGGUACUGGACGGAACGUGGUACAGGUAAUUUCUGGACUAUUUUUUUUUUGGGAAAUAGAUCUAGGAUUGUUUGAAAUAUGACAAAAUGUUACCAACUAAAUUUUAUCUCUAAACAGAAUGGCAAUGACACUCCUGGGGCCUGUUUCAUAGAGAGGUACAACUAUCACAACUUUGUCUUUAAUAUGGCAACUACCAUUAUAAUAUGGCGCAACAUCCAAUUAUAAUUGUGGUUUCCAUGGUAGUUGCCAUAAUGUUAAAGCACUUUUGAAAUGGGCCCCUGGACAUGAAGAAUACUGACAAAAGAAAGUUGAUGGUGAAAUAAAAAGAAUACAUUUAUCUUC